GCCGCUCCGCCGCCUCCAUGGAGCGCCGGCCGCGCCGCCUCUGAUGCCCGGCCCGGCGCGCACCAUGGGGCCGCUGUGGCUCUGCUGCCUGCCCCUCGCCCUCCUGCCCCUGCUCGCCGCCGUGGAAGAGACACUGAUGGACUCCACUACGGCGACAGCAGAGCUGGGCUGGACGGUGCAUCCUCCAUCAGGGUGGGAAGAGGUGAGUGGCUACGAUGAGAACAUGAACACSAUCCGCACCUACCAGGUGUGCAACGUCUUCGAAUCCAGCCAGAACAACUGGCUCCGCACCAAGUACAUCCGSAGGCGCGGGGCACACCGCAUCCACGUGGAGAUGAAAUUUUCUGUCCGGGACUGCAGCAGCAUCCCCAAUGUCCCAGGCUCCUGUAAGGAGACUUUUAACCUGUACUAUUUCGAGUCAGACUUUGACUCGGCCACCAAGACUUUCCCUAACUGGAUGGAGAAUCCUUGGAUGAAGGUGGACACAAUUGCUGCUGACGAGAGCUUCUCCCAGGUGGACCUAGGUGGACGGGUGAUGAAGAUCAACACUGAGGUGCGCAGUUUUGGGCCUGUCUCCAAGAACGGUUUCUACCUGGCCUUCCAGGACUACGGGGGCUGCAUGUCUCUGAUUGCCGUCCGUGUCUUCUACCGCAAAUGUCCCCGUGUGAUCCAGAACGGGGCCAUCUUCCAGGAGACGCUGUCGGGAGCGGAGAGCACCUCGCUGGUGGCAGCCAGGGGGACGUGCAUUGCCAACGCCGAGGAGGUGGAUGUGCCCAUCAAGCUGUACUGCAAUGGUGAUGGCGAGUGGCUGGUGCCCAUCGGCCGCUGCAUGUGCCGGGCUGGUUAUGAGUCAGUGGAGAACGGGACCAUCUGCAGAGGCUGCCCUUCRGGGACAUUCAAGGCCAGCCAGGGGGAUGAAGGCUGUGUCCACUGCCCCAUCAACAGCCGGACCACCUCAGAAGGGGCCACCAACUGCGUGUGCCGMAAUGGAUAUUACCGGGCAGACGCCGACCCCGUGGACAUGCCGUGCACCACCAUCCCAUCAGCACCUCAGGCUGUGAUCUCCAGCGUGAACGAGACGUCUCUGAUGCUGGAGUGGAGCCCCCCACGGGACUCGGGGGGCCGUGAGGAUUUGGUUUACAACAUCAUCUGCAAGAGCUGCGGGGCGGGGCGCGGCGCCUGCACGCGCUGCGGGGACAACGUGCAGUUCACCCCGCGCCAGCUGGGCCUCACCGAGCCCCGCAUCUACAUCAGCGACCUGCUGGCACACACCCAGUACACCUUCGAGAUCCAGGCUGUCAACGGCGUCACCGACCAGAGCCCCUUCUCGCCGCAGUUCGCCUCGGUCAACAUCACCACCAACCAGGCUGCCCCCUCUGCUGUGUCCAUCAUGCACCAGGUGAGCCGCACCGUGGACAGCAUCACCCUGUCCUGGUCCCAGCCCGACCAGCCCAACGGAGUCAUCCUGGACUAUGAGCUGCAGUACUACGAGAAGGACCUGAGCGAGCUGAACUCGACCACGGUGAAGAGCCCCACCAACACGGUGUCUGUGCAGAAYCUCAAGGCUGGCACCAUCUACGUGUUCCAGGUGCGGGCACGCACCGUGGCCGGCUACGGCCGCUACAGCGGCAAGAUGUACUUCCAGACCAUGACUGAAGUGACUCCAGGGAUGAAGAUUUACAUCGAUCCCUUCACUUAUGAAGAUCCCAAUGAGGCUGUCAGGGAAUUUGCAAAAGAAAUCGACAUCUCUUGUGUCAAAAUCGAGCAGGUGAUUGGGGCAGGGGAGUUUGGYGAGGUGUGCAGCGGGCAUCUCAAGCUGCCUGGCAAAAGGGAGAUCUUUGUGGCCAUCAAGACGCUCAAGUCUGGCUACACGGAGAARCAGAGGAGGGAUUUCCUGAGYGAGGCCAGCAUCAUGGGCCAGUUCGACCACCCCAACGUCAUCCACCUGGAGGGGGUGGUCACCAAGAGCUCGCCAGUCAUGAUCAUCACCGAGUUCAUGGAGAAUGGCUCACUGGACUCUUUCCUGCGGCAAAACGACGGGCAGUUCACGGUGAUCCAGCUGGUGGGGAUGCUGCGGGGCAUCGCCGCGGGCAUGAAGUACCUGGCRGACAUGAACUACGUGCACCGGGACCUGGCUGCCAGGAACAUCCUGGUCAACAGCAACCUGGUGUGCAAAGUGUCYGAUUUCGGCCUCUCCCGCUUCCUGGAGGAYGACACCUCUGACCCCACCUACACCAGCGCCCUGGGGGGGAAGAUCCCCAUCCGAUGGACAGCACCCGAGGCCAUCCAGUACCGAAAAUUCACCUCWGCCAGCGACGUGUGGAGCUAUGGGAUUGUCAUGUGGGAGGUGAUGUCCUACGGAGAGCGGCCCUACUGGGACAUGACCAACCAGGAUGUGAUAAAUGCCAUCGAGCAGGAYUACAGGCUGCCACCMCCCAUGGACUGCCCCAAYGCCCUUCACCAGCUGAUGCUGGACUGUUGGCAGAAGGACCGAAACCACAGGCCCAAAUUUGGGCAAAUUGUCAACACCUUGGACAAAAUGAUCCGAAAUCCCAACAGCCUGAAAGCCAUGGCACCUCUCUCCUCUGGGAUGAACCUCCCCCUCCUGGACCGCACAAUCCCGGACUACACCAGCUUCAACACUGUGGAUGAGUGGCUGGAUGCCAUCAAGAUGAGCCAGUACAAGGAGAGCUUUGCCAGUGCUGGCUUCACCACCUUUGAUGUAGUAUCUCAGAUGACUGUAGAGGACAUUCUGCGAGUCGGGGUCACUUUAGCAGGACACCAGAAGAAAAUUCUSAACAGUAUCCAGGUGAUGAGAGCACAGAUGAACCAAAUCCAGUCUGUGGAGGUUUGAUAGCUGCCUGUCCUCCCAAUCCUCCUCCUCGAGGCCCUGCUCCCCUUUCCCCUGUACGCCCGAGCUCCAGUUCCUGAGUGUUCUGCAUGGACCAGAGACAGGCAGCUGCUCUGAGGAUAUGGCAGCAGGAGGGAACACCCUGUCCUCAGCAAUGAGAAAUCACCAAGAGCUUCUUGAAUUUAAGCAAUGGAAAAAGGGAACAAAAAAAAAAAGACAACUAUUUUGAAAAAAUAAA